GUUGGGUCAUCCGUCUGCUCGUCGUGUUCGUCGACGAGCUCAAUUAUAUUCUCAACUUACCAAGCUCGACGUCGAGCUUGCCAACAUUCGCUUCCCAUCUCUGAGGUAGCAUCUCGCCAUGCUGCGGCUGGUAUCGUCAGCAAAGCCUGCCGCGGCGAGCAGGCUUGCGGUCGUAGUGCCUUCCUGUCCGUCCCGGAAAGGUAGUCGCGCAUUUGCCUCGUCAUCCAGGAAGCAGGCGGACAUCACUCUGACUGUCGAUGGAAAGGAGGUGACAGUACCCCAGGGGUCUGCUUUGAUUCAAGCAUGUGAGGCUGCUGGUGCAACCAUCCCUCGGUUUUGCUAUCACGAUCGCCUUGCAAUUGCUGGCAACUGCCGUAUGUGUCUUGUCGAAGUUGAGCGGUCGCCAAAACCUAUUGCAUCAUGCGCGAUGCCUGCUAUGCCGGGUGCGAAGGUAUUCACAAACACACCGCUCGUCCAUGAAGCUCGCGAGGGUGUAAUGGAAUUCCUACUGUCGAACCAUCCAUUAGAUUGCCCUAUUUGCGACCAAGGUGGCGAAUGCGACUUGCAAGAUCAGUCAAUGCGUUACGGCGCAGACAGAACUCGAUUCCACGAAAUCACGGGCAAACGUGCCGUUGAGGACAAAGACCUUGGCCCUUUGAUCAAGACAUCUAUGAACCGAUGUAUCCAAUGUACACGUUGUGUGCGCUUUGCCAAUGAGGUUGCAGGUGUGGAGGAGCUUGGGACUACCGGUCGCGGAAAUGAUAUGCAAAUCGGCAUGUACGUGGAGAAGACCAUGAACUCGGAGUUGUCUGGAAAUAUUGUUGACCUUUGUCCGGUCGGCGCCCUCACGAGCAAACCGUAUGCAUUCCAUGCCCGACCAUGGGAAUUGAAGCACACCGACUCCGUCGACGUUUUGGACGCUGUUGGUUCAAAUAUCCGAGUAGACUCUCGGGGCGUUGAAGUGAUGCGCGUGCAACCACGUACGAAUGACGACGUCAAUGAGGAGUGGAUCAGCGAUAAAAGUCGCUAUGCAUAUGAUGGUCUCAAGUUUCAACGAUUGACUAAUCCACUCAUCAAGCAGGGUGACAGAUUUGUGAAUGCAUCAUGGGAGGAUGCACUGUCUGCCAUUGCUUCUGGGCUCUCCCGCUCCGGCGCCACUGGCGACGAAAUUCAGGCCGUGGCUGGUCAUCUUGCCGAUACUGAGUCUUUGGUUGCCCUUAAAGACUUGGUUAACCGCCUUGGCUCGGAUAACCUUGCUCUCGAUAGUGUUGGCGGACAUGUGGCGCCGGUGCACUCCGUUGAUGUUCGUUCCAACUAUCUUUUCAAUUCAACCAUUCCUGGAGUAGAGGAAGCCGACGCCAUCCUCCUUAUUGGCACCAACCCUCGACAUGAAGCUGCUGUCCUUAAUUCCAGGAUACGAAAGAGUUGGCUGCACACCGGUCUGGAAGUUGGUUUAAUUGGCGAGCGCGUUGAUACUACAUAUGGCUAUGACUACCUCGGUGCUGACGCCAAAGCUGUCGCGAAUUUCGUUGCUGGAAAAGGAGCUUUCGCCGAGAAAUUCAAAGCUGCGAAGAAGCCUUUGAUCAUUGUCGGAAGCGCUUUGGUCGAACAUGCCGACGGUGCUGCUGUAUACAAUGCGUUGGCCAAGUACGUCGAGAAGAACAAGGAGAAGUUAGUUACUCCUGAGUGGAAGGGCUUCAGCAUACUGCAACGUGCUGCGUCCCGGCCUGCUGCCUAUGAUAUCGGAUUCGUUCCCUCGAAGAAGGCAUCAACUACCAAGCCCAAAUUCAUCUACCUGUUGAACGCGGACGAGGUUGAUCCGAAGUCAAUUCCUCAGGAUGCCUUCGUUGUAUACCAGGGACACCAUGGUGACCUCGGCGCUCAACUUGCUGAUGUUUGCUUACCCGCGGCUGCUUACACUGAGAAGGCAACAACCUGGGUGAAUACCGAGGGUCGCUCACAGCUUGGCCGGGCUGCUGUGCCUCCCCCGGGUGCUUCGCGAGAGGACUGGAAGAUCAUUCGUGCAAUCUCUGAAGUACUGAGCUCUCCUCUUCCAUAUGAUGAUGUCCUCAGUUUAAGGGAUCGUAUGUGGGAGAUCUCGCCUACUCUUGUUCGUUACGAUGUCACAGAGCCCACCUCCAUCGACACCACGCUUGCCGGCCUUAAGACUCUCGCUGCCCUCACGGCAAAAGCGAAAGUCGCUGGCACUCCUCUACGGAAACCUAUUGAUAACUUCUAUCAAACAGAUCCCAUUUCACGAGCAUCUGUCACUAUGGCCCAGUGCACUAGGGCGUUUGUGAAGGGCGAAAACUAUGGAUUCAGCGAGUUCUCGAGUGCAUCAGAGGCUGCUUACGCGUAGACAAUGUAUUCGCAGGAUUAUAUUCUAGUUUUGUUUUAUAUGCAACUUGCUGCUUGCGUUUUCGAAGUCUGUUCCUUAUCAAGUUCAACCAAUGUAAGUGUCAAUGUAUUACUGUGAUAUAUGUUCUUCCAACGUGUAAGUAGGUAUGCUACUGUACGUGCCAACUAUAUGGACUCUUCAGAUGUGGCCUAUAAGGUUAACGAAUGACAAAGUCUAGGCGGUGGAAUAUUGAAAGUAGUCUACUUCCUCCUGAUGACCUUCUUCUUAAUCCAAUGUCUAAUAGCCAUUCCUUUGAUACGGAAAAUGUAUGUGAAAAAGUAGACAGAAGCAACCUGGAAGACAUGUCAAUGAAGUCGACACAACGGU